AUCAUUCAGCUUCAAACAGUCAAACUACAAAGACUAAACCAAUCAAAUUAAAAUCCAAUUUCAAUUCCAAAAAUGUUGACAAAAGUUUUCUUGUUGUGCUUCAUUGCUCUGGCAAUCAUCAACAUUGCAAUUGCUCAAGAAAUGCCAGGUGGUGAAGGUCAAGGAAAUGGAGGUGCUGGUGGACAUGCUGGAGGUGGAUUCGGAGGUGGAUUUUCAUUCGGAGGUGGAGCUGGAGGCAAAGCUGGUGGUGGAGCUGGAGCUGGUGGAAAGUAAACAACCUGAAAUUCCUAUUUUCAAGCAAUUCUGACCAAAACGUAAUCAAAGUUUUCAAGGUUUUAACUACAAAAUGUACUUUGAUGAUUCAAAUCAGCCAC